UAGAGGAGAGAGGCAGAGGUAGAGAGGAGCUGCGGUGCUAGCUGAGUGGGGGGGAACCACUACCACCAUGGACAAGGAGUGUGCUUCCCCCUGGGACAUGGGGCUGCUCAGGACUUUUGAUUCAAGGGAAUUCUCUGGGUGGGAGAAGGUGGGAUCCGGAGGCUUUGGACAGGUCUACAAAGUGAAACACAUCUCCUGGAAAACAUGGCUGGCCAUCAAGUGUCCUCCCAGUCUGCAUGUGGAUGAGAAAGAACGCAUAGAACUUGUGGAAGAAGCGAAGAAAAUGGAAAUGGCCAAAUUCCGCUGCAUUCUGCCCGUGUAUGGGAUCUGUAGCGAUCCGGUGGGUUUGGUCAUGGAGUACAUGGAGACCGGAUCUCUGGAGAAGCUACUGGCCUCCGAGCGCUUACCGUGGGAUUUGCGCUUUCGGAUCAUACACGAGACGGCCGUGGGCAUGAACUUCUUGCACUGCAUGUCUCCUCCGCUUCUGCACCUGGACCUCAAGCCCGCCAACAUACUGCUGGACGGACACUAUCAUGUUAAAAUCGCUGAUUUCGGGCUGGCCAAGUGGAACGGUUUGUCGAACUCGCAUGAGCUGAGUAUAGAUGGGAUUUGCGGGACCGUCGCGUACCUCCCGCCCGAGCGCUUCAGGGAGAAGAGCCGGAACUUCGACACCAAGCACGACGUGUACAGUUUUGCGAUUGUGAUUUGGGGAAUUCUUACCCAGAGAAAACCCUUUGCAGACGAGAAGAACAUACUGCACAUCAUGGUGAAGGUGGGUAACGGGCACCGUCCGGAUCUGUCUCAGGUUCCGAGGGCCAGACCCCAGCAGUGUGAAGGCAUGAUUAAGCUGAUGCAGGCCUGCUGGCACAACGUCCCCAACAAGAGACCCUCGUUUCAGGAGAUUACCUCUGAGACCGAGCUGUUGUGUACAAAACACGACGAUGAAAUCAAUGCUGUGACGUGCGAGGAUAGGCAGCAAGUGGAACCGGAGGAAACGGGUGCCCAGUCGGACUAUAAGAGUCCCGUGCCGCCCUUCGAUAAGGACUACAGCUUGUCCGAGUUGCUGUCUCAGCUGGACUCCGGCAUUUCGCAGACCAUGGAAGGCCCCGGAAGCCUCAGCCAUUGCACGUCUGAACCCCAGCUGGCUCCUAGUGACAAGCGCCUCUCUGGCGUGUCUUCUGUGGACUCUGCCUUUUCCUCCAGGGGAUCCCUGUCGCUGUCCUUUGAGAAAGAUUGCUCAGUAAACGAUGUUAGCGCCACUGAUAUCCAAAAGAAGAAGCUGGUCGAUGCCAUUAUGGCUGGAGAUACUGCCAAACUAAUGAAGAUCCUGCAACCUCAAGAUGUUGACUUGAUGCUCGAUGGAAGGUCCAGCCUUCUUCACUUGGCCGUCGAAGCCAGUCAAGAAGAAUGUGCGAAGUUGCUUCUGUUGUACAAUGCCAACCCCAACAUGACCGACGCGAAAGGCUCCACUCCCCUCCACAUUGCGGCUGAGAAGAAGUUGAAAGGCAUCGUUGAACUUCUCCUUGGCAAAAAAAUUAAUAUCAAUGCCAAAGAUGAAGAUCUCUUCACAGCUCUUCAUUUUGCUUCCCAAAACGGAGACGAAGCUAUAACCAGGAUGCUCCUCGAAAAGAAUGCCUCCCUGAACGAGGUUGAUAUUAAAAGCCGAACACCUUUGCACGUUGCCUGUCAGCAUGGACAAGAGGCCAUCGUACGCCUCUUUAUCAGACGGGGUUCAGACAUCAACGCCAAGGGGCAGGAUAACUGGGUAUCGCUCCAUUAUGCUGCCUGGCAGGGUCACCUUAACAUCGUGAAGAUCCUAGCGCGAAGGAACGAGGCAGAUAUAAACGUCCAGACGUCAGACGGGAGAACCCCGCUGCAUCUAGCUGCUCAAAGAGGACAUUACAGAGUCGCUCGGAUUCUUGUGGACUUGCGCUGCGACGUAAAUGUUCAGAACGCCCAGCUGAAAACCCCUCUCCACGUGGCCGCUGAAACUGGCCAUACCAGCACGGCCCGGCUUCUUUUACACAGGGGUGCGGACAUUAACGCUACUACAGCCGAAGGGCUCACCGCGCUGGACCUGGCAAACAUUAACAUGCGUUCGGCCGCUGCCAGUCUUCUAAGGGAUGAGAGGGAGAAUGCCGAGUGUCUCGAAAUAGACUCCCAUUUGGUGGUUGAAAGCGUAACAUCGGUUUGAUGACACCAUCAGACUCCUUAAGCGUAUAAUCCUUUUUUUUUUUUUUUGUUUUUUUUAAUUGCAAUUAGUGGCCGUCAGAGGUUUGGUUUUAAGUUCUUCAAAAGACUUUGGACUUUUUUUUUUUUUUUUUAUUUCAACGAGCUUCUCUCUGUUUAUCCACAGCUUUUUUUUUUCUCCUGAUAGGCUACAGGUCUUAUACUAUGUGCCGUUUCCCACCAUGAUCGUGUGUUUCACAUCAUGCGUUUACUCUGUGUAAUGAGGGAUCAAGGUACAAACUUCUGCUUCGUAAGCCAAUGAUUUUAUUUGCAGAGGAUUAUUUUUAGUUGGUUCCGUAGAUCCAGAAACAAAAUGCCAGUG